ACACCGUUGCUCAGACCAAUGUUGGACACGCUCCCAGCUCAAAUUCCACCUGCACUUCGUUGGCCGGUGGAAUUUUGUCUGUUCAGUAGUGCUGCUACAUAUGUUGUUUCGAUUAUAACGGGAAAUGUUUCGCAAGUCGAUCGCCUUUGGACCUUUCUCCCCACCAUUUACUCGGCAUAUUUUGCGCUCCUUCCACUCUGGCCUAACGAACAACCCUUCAUCCUUGCACCUUAUACGCCUUCAUCGGUGGGUAUAGUACCUGGUGCAUUCAACCCUCGCGCUCUCAUGAUGCUGGGCCUCAUCUUGACAUGGAUGUUCCGCCUGAGUUACAACACCUAUCGUCGUGGCUUGUUCAGUCUGAAGGAUGAAGACUACCGCUGGGCCGUUCUCCGCUCUCAACUCCAUCCAGUUCUAUUCCACAUCACCAACCUUACUUUCAUCUCUUUCAUCCAAAACGUCCUUCUCCUUGGUUUAAGCGUCCCUGCUUAUAUCGCCGCGACACAGCCGCCCCAACCACUACAGAUCCGCGACUACUUUGUCAUUGCACUCACUCUGGUGGUUCUUGGCCUCGAAUUCACUGCCGAUAAUCAGCAGUAUUCGUAUCAGACCUUCAAACACACCCCAAGAAGAUAUCACGAGCACUUUAUGUGGGCCGGCGCGCGGCUUGACUGGACGAAGACCGACUCUGAACGCGGAUUCCUUACUCGCGGACUGUGGGCCUGGUCCCGGCAUCCCAACUUCCUAUGCGAGCAGUCGUUCUGGUGGAUCAUGAACUUUGCUUGUUUGCCUAGCCUUCCAACUGCCGCAACCUUCAUUUCUAUCGCAAAGACGCCAGUAUUCGAUCUGAACACCCUCCUCGAGCCUAUAAUUCCUUUCAUCCCGUCAAUUGCGCUUUCUGCGCUCUUUUUCUCGUCGACUCUGUACACUGAAGCGAUCACGCUGUCCAAAUACCCUCAUUAUAGAUCAUACCAAGCUCGGGUCGGGAUGUUCAGUCCGCUUGAUACCAUUGCUAAAGGCAUCAUGCUCGCACUGUCAGGCAAACGCGCAGAGGUGGAGAGGGAAGUGUGGGACAAAGGCAAAUCAGAAUAG